AUGCUAGGCAAAGCUCAAAUACCGGCGGAAUUAACGGGAUCCCGCCCGUCUCCCAGUCCGGUGGAGCACAGCUUAAUCCCAAACGAGGAGAAGCGGGAGGCCGACGGCGACUGCAGUGGCAGUGACGAUGACGUGGAAAGCGAGGAGGAUGACGUGUAUGUUCGUCACCGCCAUAAACAGCCUCGUCGCUCGAUCCUAUCGGGGCGGCUCGGGACGUUCGCUGCGAUGGUCAUGGCCGUCGCGUUUUUCUCAGUGGUCCUAGGGUUCGCUCUCGCCAUCUUCCUCACGUCCCACUCGCACGCCUCCUGCUCCUCCGCGUUUGACGGAGGGGGGGACCCUCCGCCUUCCCCCACAGGCGCGCUGGGCGGGCAGCCCACGGUGAUCCUCGUGUCCUUUGAUGGGUUCAGGCACGGGUACCACCUGAAAGCCGACACACCGAAUCUGAAUAGGAUGUUGGAAGAGGGAACAUUCGCAGAGCAUGGCAUGCUGCCCGUAUUCCCCUCGCUCACCUUUCCCUCGCACUACUCCAUGGCCACGGGACUCCUGCCUGCCUCGCACGGCAUUCUGGCCAACAAGUUCCGAAACCCCGCCAACCACAGCGAUGUGUUCAACCUUGGCAAUGUCGAGCCCAGAUGGUGGCUGGGCGAACCCAUCUGGACCACUGUGAACCGACAGGUGAGGUGA